CUCCCCGCCUGCGCCAGAGUAGCUAGGGUCUUCCUGCUCACUCGCGCACACACCAGAAGUUUUGGAGGGCUUGACUCCUGCCCACGCUGGCAGUAGUAGCCUUCCUGGUCCCUUUGUGGCAAGGUGGGGACUAGAUUUCAAGUGGACGGGGAUUUCGGCCCCUGAUGCCUAUAAGGAACCAGGGGUGCAGCUCACUUUUUUUUUUUUUUUUGGUUUUGCUCCUUGCAAGAUGCGUGUCAAAUGCUACCGAAUCAAAAUGGUCGUUUACGCUCUGUUGGGAACCAUGAUGCAACGCUCAGGGCAGUGGUGCAUCAGGCAUGACAGCGGGGGAGAUGGGAUUCUGCUCAGAAAACUGCCAGCACUGAUGCAGGUUCAGCCGGAGCCUUGACUCCUCAGCAUGUCCGAGCUCAUUCGUCUCCAGCUUCGCUGCAGCUGGGAGCUGUCUCUCCGGGGACCCUUACCCCCUCUGGAGUAGUGACUGGUCCUGGACCUGCCUCAUCUUCUCAACAUCUCCGUCAGUCCUCAUUUGAGAUCCCCGAUGAUGUUCCUCUGCCACCAGGUUGGGAAAUGGCUAAGACACCAUCUGGCCAGAGAUACUUUCUUAAUCACAUUGAUCAAACAACUACAUGGCAAGAUCCCAGGAAGGCCAUGCUUUCCCAGAUGAAUGUGACAGCCCCCACCAGUCCUCCAGUUCAACCGAACAUAAUGAAUUCAGCAUCAGGCCCACUCCCCGAUGGAUGGGAACAAGCUAUGACCCAGGAUGGAGAAAUUUACUACAUAAACCAUAAGAACAAGACCACAUCUUGGCUAGACCCAAGGCUUGACCCACGCUUUGCUAUGAAUCCACGAAUCACCCAAAGUGCUCCAGUGAAGCAGCCACCUUCAUUAGCUCCUCAGAGUCCUCAAGGAGGUGUGAUGGGCAGUGGCAACUCCAAUCAACAGCAACAGAUGAGAUUGCAACAGUUACAAAUGGAGAAAGAGAGACUGCGACUGAAGCAUCAAGAACUGCUUCGGCAGGUGAGGCCACAGGCAUUGCGGAAUAUCAAUCCCAGCACAGCAAAUUCUCCAAAACAUCAGGAAUUAGCUCUCCGUAGCCAACUUCCAACAAUGGAACAAGACAGUGGUUCUCAAAAUCCAGUUUCGUCUCCUGGAAUGUCUCAGGAACUGAGAACAAUGACUACAAAUAGUUCUGAUCCUUUUCUGAACAGUGGAACAUAUCACUCCAGAGAUGAAAGUACAGACAGUGGGCUUAGCAUGAGCAGUUAUAGUGUACCCAGAACCCCUGACGACUUCCUGAACAGUGUUGAUGAAAUGGAUACAGGUGAUAGUAUCAGCCAAAGUAACAUACCCUCCCAUCAAAACCGUUUCCCAGACUACCUUGAAGCCAUUCCAGGGACAAAUGUGGACCUUGGGACCCUGGAAGGAGAUGGGAUGAAUAUAGAAGGAGAGGAACUGAUGCCAAGUCUGCAGGAGGCUUUGAGUUCUGACAUCCUUAAUGACAUGGAAUCUGUGCUGGCAGCCACCAAGCUAGAUAAAGAGAGUUUUCUUACUUGGUUAUAGAGGCCUCAGGGAGACUGCAUCCAAAUCUGUGAAGGAUCUAAGGAGAACAGGACAUCUGUACCUGAAGUUAAUAAGAAACCAGUGUGGCAAACAUUUGGUUUGUGGUCAGAAAAAGUAAAUGAACAAAUAUUCAGCAAGAUUUCUUUCAUCCAAUAUUUUGCUCUUCCUUAUCCAUUGCUGCUGUUAUAUAUUGCUGACCUCUUUCACAGCUGACUCUGAAGAAUAGACAUCUUUUUGGUCUUUUUCUAUUGCUGUUGCAACUACUGUUCAAUGGGGUGGAGGGUGAUGAGCCUAUUUGGAUGAUGAAUGCCAUUCCUUUUGUCCUCAUAUGCGCUUGCAUAUCAUUUUAUCUAAGUACUCAGAUUUGUGAGUUAACUUCUGCAUGUCACCGCUUGUAGUUUGCUCAGCUAGUUAUCUCCUCUGUUGCCUAUGGCAAGUGGUAAAACAUGACUUACUGGUGUGACAAGCCAAAAAUGAUGUAUCUGGUCAAAAGAAGUCAAUACUGAUUUGGAGAUAAAGCUUAAAGAAGGGCUGAAGACAGUUUGACAAUAAGUGGUUGCUACUACUAGCUCUUCCAUUAGUCACAAAGUGCUCUUGUUCAUAUUUUAUGGUAUAGUAAAUGAGUCGUAUAGUAACAUACGAAUUUUUAUUGUUGCCACAUACUUUAAUCAAACUUUUUGUCUGUUAAAAACUAGGAUUUUUUUGUUAGUUGGUUUAAUUUUAGCCAUAGUUUGGGAAGUAACUGUAGGUGCUUUUUUAAAUAGUGAAAUCUAAAUUUCCUGAUUUCACAGUCUUAUUUAAAUCUGAAUUGUCUGCUUUUUUAUACCCUAAAACAUGUCUAUUGUAGCCUGAUAGUGAGCCCAUGAAACUAUUUUGCUUGUAACUUUUAUUCUUAAAGGCUAGCUUUGAAUGUAAUCGUUAGAAUAAAUGACCAGUGGCUUAUUUUUCAUGCCUACUUGCAAGAAUUUGAAAUUAGAAUCUGGUUGUGCCACUGUAAAAUGUAGUUCUAUGUGCUGUAUCUAAACUUUUAUCAUGCAUUUUAAAGUAGCAAAGCCUGUACACUACAUGUUUAAUUGACUGUUUUAUCUAAUCUCUUUGGUUUUAUUUUUUAGUUUUGAUAUCUGAGUUUAAGAAAGUAAAAUCUUUGGGAGAAACCUUAGUGAAAAGUUCUCCUUUUAAGUAGCAUGGAAAAAUAGUCUAAACUAUCAUCUCACUUUACAUUGCAAUGAACACACUAAACUAAAAAACUCAAAGCCUUGGUAAGACUGUUAGUGAAAAAUAAGCCCUGGACACUAUAUUAAAAGACUGUAAAGAUAUGUGUUAGAUGGUGACAUGAGCAGGUAAUGAAGUGUAUAUUAGUAGUAGAGCUUAGCAUGGGGUAGAGAUGAAUGACUGACAUACAACUUACUCUGUUAAAGUAAAGGUAACACUGAGUUAUCUGCAGGAGUUGACACUGUUUCCAAAGAGUAUUUUUAAAUGAACAAAGUGAGCAUGAAUCAAACUUUCAGUAUAAGCUAUGAAGUAGUUCUUGGGUUAAAAAAUAGUGGUAUCAGAUAGCACCUGUUUAAUUAAAGGUCUGUCAGUCCCAUUGUCAGUCCUUAUUAUCAAGGAUUUAUAUCAUGGCCAUAACAAGACUGUAGAUAUAUGGGAAAAACAAAUCUUUGCUUGGAAGAAUUUUUUUAAAUCAUUUUUAAGGCACUCAGUUAUUUUUAAGUUAUAGGAGUAAACUAAGAAAUCCAAGAAUUAAGUGUUUUAUCCUUCAGGUUUUCUACGUGACAAGAAUUUGAAAUGGCUCUAUUUUAUCAUUUACAAAUGUUAACACAAAAAGACUCUGCUUUUGGAGUUCUAAAUUUUAUUUUAAAAAACUAAAGCAGCAGCAAUUGAGAUUUGAAAUUUGCCACUAUUUGUGCAUGUUUACUAUUUUUCAUAACAUUUUUAAUAAUCAGAAGGUGCGAAGUCAGAAGUGGUGUGUUGUGGAAUAUUAUUUUAAAUGAAUUUCUCACUAAUAUGUCCGCAACAGCAAUACAUUCUGCUACGCCAGUAACCCACAGGUUAACAGGCCACAUACAUUGUGCAAUGACACAUUAGCCCUUAAAACAGUAUUUAUAUCCAUUUUAGGAUUGUAGGAGUAUUUUAUACUUGCAUUAAGAAUUCUUCCAUCCUUCUUCCCUCCACUUUGAAAAAAAAUGUUAAAGAAACUGACACUAAGUUUUGAAGAGUAACUUGAAUGGUCUGAUAUAUACCCACAAAAGCAAGGAAAUUUCAGAGCUUUAUUCCCCAUUUCAAUCUGACUUAACCAGUUGUAUCCAAGUAUAAUAGCACAAUGGUACAUAUUAUGCAUUAAGUGCAAACUCUUGACAUACUGUACCUUGAUACCACAGGGAUGACCAGGUUUCUUUCCUUGCUUUUAUGUGUUUGUCAGACCUUUGUUUUCUUUUGAUAGUAGAAACACUAAAAUGGCUUAUACUGUAUUUGGGUGGCACUGCGUAGGAUAGGUACUGACUGGGAAUUCUUGAAUUGCUCUAACAGUAAUCCUAUUUUGUGAUUCUUUAAUAGACUUUAAGACACUUCCGUUCUCUUCCAUUGUUAGGAAAUAUAACCUAGAGAUGCUAUACUGUUAGCAGUUGAAAUUGAUUUGGAUUGUUUUAUUCUGUAAAAGCAUUAUUUGAUGACGUGGUUAAAAUUUGUUUGAAAUGCGAAGUGUUUGCUAGUAUUUUAUACUGAUUGAUGUAUAUAUUUAAACAAAACAAAAUCAUUGUCCUAAUUUUAUAGCUUCUAGAAUUAACUGUACUGUGUGCAGAAUACAGAUGAGGCAUAUUAUCCCUAUUGUGCUGUACAGUACCUUGGCAGGACAGCUGCUUUGGAAUAGGUUACAGUGUCAAGUAAAUCAUACUAGAUCAAAAAUUCUACCGUUCAGUGUUGGUGCUCACCAGUGCAAAAAGGAGAAGAGACCUUUUCAAUACAAUUAACACUACUUGGCUUUUGCAUAUCUGGUGAAUUAGUACUAAGGCGACUUUUCACUUGCAAGCAUGUUUUUAUACAAAUAGCAGGUGUGCCUGUGUAAAAUAAUGAUUUGUUUUUCUGUAUCUUGAAAAAAUACUCUCCACAUUUAAAAUGAUCUAUAUUAGAGAAUUCUUAAAUGCACCCUUGUCAGAAAUAUAUAUAUUAGUUACCAAUGUUACUUUUUAGAUAUGAGCAUGCCUGUACGUUAGGUACCUAAGUAAAUUCUGUUACAUUAUUUUUCUUUAUGUAAUACUUUUGCAGUUGUUUCAUGUGGUAUAAAUAUAUACUUUCUGCUUAAAAUA